UAUAUAAAAUACCGUCAAAAUUCAAACAAUUUUAUCAUACAAAACUAACUAACUAGUCAUGAAGAUCUUGGCAUUGACAGUCAUGGUUUUGGUCAUUCUUUCGCCAUCAUUUGCGGCUCCAACUGAAGUGGUAGACACUGCUGUUGGAGCGGCAUGUGACGCCAAGCAGCUUCAGCCUUGCCUGGCAGCGAUUACAGGAGGAGGCCAACCCUCGGGUGAUUGUUGUGCAAAGCUGAAGGAGCAACAGCCAUGCUUGUGUGGGUUUGCUAAGAACCCUGCGUUUGCUCAGUACAUUAGCUCUCCCAACUCUCGCAAACUCCUAUCCGCUUGUGGUGUUCCUUAUCCAAGUUGCUAAAAAUCUGGAGAUUUUAUAAUUAACUAAAUAAAUAAAUAACGAGUAAGGAAGAUAAAUAACAUUUUAUCAAACUAUGUUUAUGAAACAAUGUAACCGUUUGGAUUAAUGUAAUCGUUUAUACCUAACAUUUUAUCGUAGUUGAUGCGAAAUCAUAAUAAGAUCGUUAUGAUACC